AUGUCUGCCUCGUCGAUACACGCAGAUGCCCCGCCGGCCGUGGUUCAGGACCCCGAGGGACUCCAAUAUGAAACGGGAUCGCAGCUGGGCAAAGGCGGCUUCGCGAUCUGCCAUCGCGCAAAGCUGCUGGGCCACGAACACCUCGGCAGCUCUACUGUCGCUUUGAAAAUUGUCAAAUCCAAAAUGGAGCCCCCCAAACUGGCGCAAAAGUUUGUCACUGAACUACAGAUCCACUCGAAGCUAUCUCAUCCCAACAUCGUCGAGUUCUUCCGCGCCUUUUCUUUCGAAUCAAGCACCUACGUUGUCUUGGAGCUAUGCGAAAACGGUUCUCUUGCCGAUGCGAUCAAGAAGCGCAAAUACUUCACCAUGCCUGAGAUCCGGCGGUUCAUGAUUCAGACGUGCGGCGCAAUCAAAUACCUCCACCAACGGAACAUCGUACACCGCGAUCUCAAGACAGGCAACCUCUUCCUCGACCGCGAUAUGAAUGUCAAGGUCGGCGACUUCGGUCUCGCUGCACUACUGGUGUCACAGAGCGACUAUGGGGCGAUCCGUCGAACAACCAUGUGUGGUACACCAAACUACCUUGCACCAGAGGUCUUGGAGAAGACAGGAAAGGGUCAUGACGAGAAGGUCGACCUGUGGGCUAUUGGAAUCAUGAUGUACACACUCGCGGUCGGAAGGGCGCCAUUCCAUGCCGCCAAGCGCGAAGACAUCUACCGGAAGCUGAAGGCUCGCGAAUACACCUGGCCCGACCUCGCCAAGUUUGCCAACGAGAUCACCGACGACCUCCGCGACAUCGUCUCGCUACUGUUGGUGCACGAAGACGAGCGACCGACCCCCGACCAGAUCGUUGCGCACCCUUUCUUCAAACUGGGCUAUAUCCCAUUGGAGCUGAGCAGCGAAUGUACCUCGCGGGUGCCGAAAUGGCCGAAGAACCGCCCACCAACAGCAUCCACGAUUAGGCGUGGAUACACUGAGGAAUGGUGGGCACUUUGCAAGUCCUCAUCGGUCGGCGAAUACGAACAAGGAAAGGCAUUUGGAACCUUCGGUCGCAGAACCAACAAGACAGUAGCAAGAGAUUGUCAAAAGGAGAUUGAAGCCGGCAAGCAACCAAACAUCCCGUUCUCUAAAGAUGUCGUCUACGUACCUUUCCCUGCCCGCACGCAGUGGCCUCAUCAAGCCCCGGGAGGGCUCAGCGAAAUAUCGGAAGAGAAGGAAUCGUCAUCUGAAAGCCAAGCCCUGUCAGAAACUACCGGGAACGAGCGGACAAAGACUCGUGCAUCCAGAGCCCCAAGGAGAGAACCACAGCCGAUGCAGACAUUGAAGGAGAACGUAGAGCCAGCCGAAGAGCCAGAGCCCGCGCACAGGAUACUUGACAAACAGCCGACGCGGUUGCGAGCAGCCCGCAAGAUCUCGAACACUGGGCGUGUUACUGCGAGCACGGCUUCCGCACCUGCUCCUCUACGCGUCCCUCGUGAGGCACGCACUUCGACGCGCGCACGAGCGGCGAAGGAAACCGCAAAAGAAGCGCCAAAGACAACAUCGAACGGACUCCCUGACCUCCCACCUCUAAGAGUCUCCCGGACCAGCGCUCGAGAGAGCGCGAAAUCGGAACCUGCGCCGCAACCAACUUCAGCGCGAAAUGCUCCCCGCUAUCGGACCGUCAGCAAUGACAUGCCUGCGACUGACCCAGUGACCGUGUUGGCGCGCUUGAUGACAUUCCGCGAUAACCUUGAACGAGCCCUCGACAAGAAGCCUACGAAGUCAAGAAGAGAUCAGCCACCGCAAUUACCGUUUGUCGCAAAAUGGGUAGACUACAGCCGCAGAUACGGGGUGGGGUACGUCCUCAACGAUGGUAGUAUCGGCACACUCCUCUCUGCAGAGGACCAAUACCCCGUUACGAUUGCGUUCGCCACGGACGGAUACAACCACCUACGAAAGGCUGGAGGCAACCGAGAGCUUGCCAAAAGCGUUGCGCUCAACUACUACACGACCGUGAAGAAAGAUCGGGGACUGUCGGAGAUUGAAGUGCUCGAAUCGCGACGCAUUGAGGAGAUCCGGACAGUGUGGCACAAGUUUGGAAAGUACAUGUGUGCAACCUUUGGCGACGAAGAAAAGCCGCUCAGAAAAGAUCCCCGCGUGAAUUUUGUUCGCUUCUACCAACGCCUUGGUAACGUCGGGAUCUGGGGUUUCGACGACGGCUCCUUCCAAUUCAACUUCCCCGACCACACCAAACUCGUCCUGUCGUCAGAUGCAAGCUACGGGCACUUUUUAUGCCUGCCUCUGGAUGCGACGUCUCUUCUCGAAGAAACAGGAAACGUGCCGUGGAAGCACGUAAAGGCCAGAGCACAUCUUCGCGGUUCAUUGCAACAGCUUCUCUACGGCUCAGCCGACAAGGAAGACAGUUACAAAGAGCUCACAGAGGGCAACCUCCUCCGCGCGAAGAUUGAAUUUAUCUAUGCUGUCGUGUCGGAAUGGUGUCAAGAAGGCGGUCUGGGCUGCCUCGUAGACCCCAAGGUAUAUUCCUGGGGCGGUCCGCAACUAGAAGAGUCCAAGCGGCUGGACUGGGCGAGCGGGAAAACCAACCGCGCCGCGCGCAAGGCCGGAGGCGGCGCUCAGCCCAAGGCCCAGUUCGCUACCAAGGCCGUCUUCGAGACCACCAAGAAGAAGGAAGUCGGUGUAUCGGAUCUCACCUUGAUCAGCAAGGUUUCGAAUGAGGCCAUCAACGAGAACCUGAAGAAGCGAUUCGAAAAUGGCGAGAUAUACACAUACAUCGGCCACGUGCUGGUCUCGGUCAACCCGUUCCGCGACUUGGGCAUCUACACCGACCAAGUGCUGGAGAGUUACAAGGGCAAGAACAGGCUGGAGGUACCCCCUCACGUCUUCGCAAUCGCCGAGUCCGCCUACUAUAACAUGAACGCAUACAAGGAGAACCAAUGUGUCAUCAUCUCCGGCGAAUCAGGAGCGGGAAAGACAGAAGCUGCGAAGCGACUUAUGCAGUACAUCGCCAAUGUCUCGGGAGGUAGCAAUUCAUCUAUCCAGGAGAUCAAGGACAUGGUGCUGGCCACCAACCCGCUGCUCGAAUCCUUCGGAAACGCGAAGACGUUGAGGAACAACAACUCGUCGCGGUUCGGAAAGUAUCUCGAGAUUCAUUUCAACGCGCAAGGAGAGCCAGUGGGAGCAAACAUCAACAACUACCUGCUCGAGAAGACCCGAGUGACGGGUCAGAUUGUGAACGAGCGCAACUUCCAUAUCUUCUACCAGUUCACAAAAGCCGCAUCCUCACAAUACAGAGAAAUCUUCGGAUUACAACAACCGCAAGCCUACCUCUACACGAGCAAAUCGAAAUGUUUCGACGUCCCGGGGAUCGACGACCACGCCGAGUUCGACGACACGCUGAACGCCAUGAAGGUUAUUGGACUACAACAAGCUGAGCAGGACAACAUAUUCCGGAUGCUUGCAGCGAUUUUGUGGCUAGGGAAUGUGUCGUUCCGCGAGGAUGACUCAGGCAACGCAGCUAUUGUCGACCAGUCGGUAGUAGAUUUCGUAGCCUAUCUGCUUGAAGUCGAUGCGUCGCAUGUCAACAAAGCUCUGACCAUUCGUGUUAUGGAGACAAGUCGAGGAGGGCGACGAGGUUCCGUGUACGACGUGCCUCUGAACUGCGCGCAAGCAAAUGCAGUCCGCGACGCACUCUCCAAGGGAAUCUACUUCAACCUCUUCGACUGGAUCGUGGAGCGCGUCAACGUCUCUUUGAAGGCCCGAGGUGCGACCGCCCAGUCGAUUGGUAUUUUGGAUAUCUACGGCUUCGAGAUCUUCGAAAAGAAUAGCUUCGAGCAGUUGUGCAUCAACUACGUCAACGAGAAGCUACAGCAAAUCUUUAUCCAGUUGACGCUCAAGGCGGAACAAGAAGAGUACGAGCGCGAGCAGAUCAAGUGGACUCCCAUCAAGUAUUUCGACAACAAGAUUGUAUGCGACUUGAUUGAGGAGAAGCGGCCACCGGGUGUUUUCGCUGCCCUGAAUGACGCUUGUGCGACAGCCCACGCCGAUCCUACCGCUGCGGAUCAAACAUUUGUCCAGAGACUUAACGCUCUCUCGUCGAACCCCAACUUCACGCCUCGCCAGGGUCAGUUCGUCAUUAAGCACUAUGCUGGUGAGGUCUCGUACGCGAUCGAUGGCAUGACCGACAAGAACAAGGAUCAGUUGUUGAAAGACUUGCUGAACCUGCUUGGCCAGAGCAGCAACACCUUUGUGCAUACUCUCUUCCCCCACCAGGUGGACCAGGACAACAGGCGGCGACCCCCGACGGCUGGAGAUAAGAUCAAAGCCUCUGCGAACGACCUGGUGACGACUUUGAUGCAAGCUCGUCCGUCCUACAUCCGUACCAUCAAGCCCAACGAGAACAAAUCGCCCAAGGAAUUCACCGAUGCCAACGUACUACAUCAGGUCAAGUACCUGGGUCUGCAAGAAAACGUGCGCAUUCGGAGAGCAGGUUUUGCGUCUCGUCAGACCUUCGAUAAGUUCGUGGAACGGUUCUUCUUGCUGUCACCAAAGUGCUCAUAUGCCGGAGAGUACACCUGGACCGGCGACUACGAGACGGGUGCUAAACAGAUCUUGAAGGAUACCAACAUCCCAGCGGAGGAGUUCCAAAUUGGUACAACAAAGGUUUUCAUCAAGACACCCGAGACACUGUUCGCCUUGGAGACUAUGCGAGACAAGUACUGGCACAACAUGGCUAUUCGCAUUCAGCGCGCAUGGAGAAACUAUCUACGAUACCGAGCAGAGUGCGCGACACGCAUCCAGCGGUUCUGGCGCAAGCUUAAUGGCGGCAAGGAAUUCAUCGAAUGGCGCGACCAAGGUCACAAGAUACUCGGAGGACGGAAAGAACGCAGAAGAUACAGUUUAAUCGGUUCCCGAAGAUUCAUGGGCGACUACCUUGGUAUCGGAAACAAAGGUGGCACUGGUGAGGUCAUGGCCCAAGCGGUCGGCAUAGCUCCGAACGAAGAGGUGCCGUUCUCGUGCAGGGCGGAAGUGCUUGUAUCGAAGCUCGGUCGAUCAAGUAAACCAGAAGCUCGCACGCUCAUUCUGACAAAGAAGAACGUUUACCUGGUCAAGGUUGCCUCGGUCAAAGGGCAAAUCCAGAUUUUGCCUGAGAGGGUAAUACCCGUUGGCGCCAUCAAGAUGAUCAGCUGUUCAACACUCAAAGACGACUGGUUCUCGAUCGGCGCUGGGUCGCCAACAGAUCCUGAUCCACUAGUGAACUGCGUAUUCAAGACUGAGUUCUUCACUCAGCUGCACAACGUGCUGCGAGGCGCAAUGACACUCCAAAUAGGCGAAACCAUCCAAUACAACAAGAAGCCUGGCAAGCCAGCCCAGGUCAAAGUCGUCAAAGAUCCCGCAGUACCGAGGGAUGACCAGUACAAGAGUGGCACCAUCCACGUUGGGCCAGGAGAGCCACCCAACUCCGUUUCCAAGCCCACGCCCAAAGGCAAGCAGAUCGCCGCAAAGCCCAUCACAAAGGGUAAGCUGUUGCGGCCCGGUGGUCCUGGCGGAGGUCCUUCGAAGCUCGCCUCUCGUCCAGCACAACCAAGGGCUGUACCCACGCCUGCCGCCCCGCAACCGAGACCUGUCCCUCAGCCAGAAGUGUCGCAAGCCAGACCUGUUCCGGCGCCCGUCGCUGCCUUGUCGAACGGUGCGGGCUCUCAUGCGCGUACCGCGUCAGCCGGCUCAUCACGCACACCUCCUCCUCCACCCCCACCGCCGCCAGCGCCAGCUCAGCCGAAGGAACCUCGAUACAAGGCGCUAUAUGACUUUGCAGGUCAGAGCGCUGGAGAGUUGAGUCUAGGGAAGGAUGAGAUCAUCCUGGUCACACAGAAGGAGGGCAAUGGUUGGUGGCUAGCAUCCCGUCUUGACAAAUCCGCCUCCGGCUGGGCGCCGUCUGCAUACCUUGAGGAAGUACGUUCAGCAGCACCUGCUCCACCCCCAGCGCCACCCGCUCGCCCUGCAAACAGCAAGCCCAAGCCUCCGGCUCCACCUGCCAAACGUCCUGCCGCCAGGAAAGCCGUCAACGGUGACUCUGGACGGGAUAGUGGGUACAGUGGUAGUGGGGGUAGCACAAUGGAGAGCGCGCGGGAUAGCAGUGGUAGUAUCGCUGGUGGAUUAGCAGAGGCGCUUAGACAGCGUCAGGCUGCUAUGCAUGGACGGAAGCAGGAUGAUUGGUAG